AUGGCACUAUAUGCGUCCAUCAGUUUAAUUGAACGCGGAAAUCCUUCGAGAAGCCUGGAGAACGUUUGCCGUUGGGCGUACCAGCAACAGCGGGCAGAUCCCAAACAUUCAGAGCACCACGACCACGCCAUCUUUCUAACCCGGCAGGACUUUGGACCAGCAGGGAUGCAAGGUACUGGGGUCAAGCUGGGAAUGGAACAUGACGGGCAAGGGAACCGGUGCGGGGACGAGACAGCCAUGGGGAGCGUCAUGGCUCCGUUGGUGCAAGCCGCCUUCCACCGAUACCACUGGUCCCGCUGCAGUGGCCAGGAACUCAAGAGAUACCUAAACUCUUAUGACUGCCUCCUUGACGACCCUUUUGAACACGAGUGGCCUAAACUGCCCGAGCUGCCAGGGAUCAAUUAUUCCAUGGAUGAACAGUGCCGCUUUGAUUUCGGAGUGGGCUACCGAAUGUGUACGGCGUUUCGAACCUUUGACCCCUGCAAACAGCUGUGGUGCAGCCAUCCGGACAACCCCUAUUUCUGCAAGACGAAGAAGGGGCCGCCUCUCGAUGGGACAGAAUGCGCACCGAGCAAAUGGUGCUAUAAAGGUCACUGCAUGUGGAAGAAUACAAACCAACUACAGCAAGACGGCAACUGGGGGGCUUGGACGAAAUUUGGCUCCUGCUCACGGACGUGCGGAACCGGCGUCCGCUUCAGAACACGCCAGUGCAACAACCCCAUGCCAGUGAACGGGGGGCAAGACUGUGCAGGCAUCAACUUUGAGUACCAGCUCUGCAACAUGGAAGAAUGUCCGAAGCAUUACGAAGACUUCCGGGCUCAGCAGUGUCAACAGCGCAACUCCCAUUUUGAGUAUCAGAGCAGCAAGCACCACUGGCUUCCAUACGAGCAUCCCGAUGCCAGCAAGAGAUGCCAGCUUUACUGCCAAUCCAAAGAGACGGGAGACGUUGCCUACAUGAAGCAACUGACCCACGACGGAACUCGCUGUUCCUACAAAGACCCCUUCAGCAUCUGUGUCCGCGGAGAAUGUGUGAGGGUCGGCUGCGACAAGGAAAUCGGGUCCAACAAAGCUGAGGACAAGUGCGGAGUAUGUGGAGGAGAUAAUUCUCAUUGCCGGACGGUAAAAGGGACCUUCACGCGGACCCCAAAGAAGCCUGGGUACCUUAAGAUGUUUGACAUCCCACCGGGUGCUAGACAUGUGUCUCUCCAAGAAGACGAGGCCUCCCCUCACAUUCUUGCCAUUAAGAACCAAGCUACAGGCCACUAUAUUCUGAACAGCAAAGGGGAAGGAUCCGUCUCUCGUAGCUUCAUUGACAUGGGCAUAGAGUGGGAGUACCAUGUCGAAGACGACAUAGAAACGCUUCAUACCGACGGCCCUUUGCACGAUGCCAUCGUUGUGUUGAUCGUUCCUCAGGACAACGACACGCAGUCCAGCCUGACGUACAAAUACAUCAUCCACGAGGAUUCGGUACCCAACGUGAACAGCAACAACGUCCUCCAAGAGGAGCUGGAUACCUUUGAAUGGGCUUUGAAGAGUUGGUCGCAGUGCUCCAAGCCGUGCGGAGGAGGUUUCCAGUACACCAAGUACGGGUGUCGCCGGAAGAGCGAUAGCAAAAUGGUCCACCGUAGCUUCUGUGAAGCCAGCAAAAAGCCGAAGCCCAUCCGCAGGAUGUGCAAUCUUCAGGAAUGCACACAACCGUUCUGGGUAUCAGAAGAAUGGGAGCACUGCACCAAAACCUGCGGGACUUCCGGUUAUCAGAUCCGAACAGUCCGCUGCAUUCAGCUACUCCACGACGGAGGGAACCGCUCGAUCCAUUUCAAGUAUUGUGGUGGGGAUCGCCCAGAGAGCCGUAGGCCAUGCAAUCGAUCUCCGUGCCCUGCCCAAUGGAAAACCUGGCCCUGGAGUCCAUGUUCUGUGACCUGCGGUGAAGGUACCGAAUCCAGGCAGGUUUUAUGUCGGGCCGGCAACCAGUGCGACGGAGAAAAGCCGGAAUCCGUGCGGGUUUGCAAGCUCGCUCCUUGCAAUGAUGAACCCUGCCAGGGAGACAAAUCGAUUUUUUGCCAAAUGGAGGUGCUGGCCCGCUACUGCUCCAUCCCAGGCUAUAAAAAGCUCUGCUGUGAAUCGUGCAGCAAACACAGCGGCACCGUUCCGACCGCUUUCCUUAGCGAGGCUGCAGAGACCGAAGAGGACAUGAUGGCCGACCCCGGGGACAUACCCAAAAUGUGGGCCGUUCCCACUUCUUUAGUCCCCUUUCGCUCUGAGUCUGCACUGGUGAAAAGAGUCCCUUCGAGCCAGAUCUCCCCCUCGGAGGAAGAUAGGCAUGCACUCGUUCCUCCAACCCACGGCAGGGCCCGAGCGUCUGACCGUCCCCAGCGGAGAGUUCACAGCCCGGCAAGGAAUAAGACUUCUGGGCCCCCCACAGUGCCAUAUCAGCUUCCUACCAAGAGUGAGCAUCUCGGGAGCCGCAGCUCCUCGACCUUGCCGGAGAUUGAUUCUGCUGCAGCUCAGAGCAGCCGUUCGGCGAGCACGCCGCCGAACAGAACCGCGAGGAAAACGGAAAAGCAGGCUGACAGGCGACAAGCUCCUCGGCCUUCCACAGUGGAAAGAUGAGAUAGAGGGCAAACUUAAAAAGGAGAGGAGGGAAGCAGAGACUUUGUUUCAGUUCCUUUGUUCCGGGUACCCAGGGUACAUUCACGCUUUCCGAGGGCAAGCGUUCUCGACAGACUGACUGCUUUAAAAACGAGAGGAAAGUGCUGGAUUCACUUUCCAGUGGCUUUCAUCCUUUCCUUCUAUCCUCUCCCAAUGUCUGGUUAACCCUUCUGGGCUUUGAGAUAAAGCAUCAAAGAAAAGUUACACAACACAAGUGGCUGAAUUGGUUUGGCUACGUUUCCGGUGCUCUGAAAUCUACAUUGCACAUUGCCUGCUUUUUAAUUAUUAUUAUUAUUAUUAUUAAUUUAAAAAGAAAGAAGUCUAAUUUGGGAUGGGAGCGGGGAGAGAAGUUGCCAGAGGCACCAAAGUUUACAAUUCUAGAAAAUGUUUUGUUUCAUUUUGUUUUUGUUUUUUUACUGUGGAACAACAGAGUCCACUGGAAUUGUAUUGCUAAUUUAUCUCUAUAAACCAGUGAUAUAUAUUCUAUGGUCAGAUUUGCAGCGGCCGUGUACAUAGUGUAUAUUAUUGAAACCAAAAAAAAUCAGGAUUAUUUUUCAGAGUUUGGCAUCGCUCCAUUGUUUGUUUGUUUGUUUAGGAUUUAACAUUGCUGGAUCACGCUUUGGUGCCUGCCGUUCUGUUUUGUUUACAUUCCGUCUGGCCCGGAUCCAAAGAGCACUGCGCGCUCUUCCCGCUGGCUUGUACGGAUGUGCGCUUAUUAGGGGUCGCCAGAAGAUCUCUUCCAACAAAUGUCCCUUGUGUUGCAUCAGGGAUUCACGCUGCUUUAUAAAGGGGUGCAAGAAAGAACCCUGGUGGGUGGAAAGGCGGAGCCCAAAGAUUCAUGUGGAAGUCCUCUCUCAGCUGAGAGCAACUGUGUAGUAGUUAAUAGCAGUAGUUAAUAGCCGUAGUAGUUAAGAGCAGGUGGAUUCUCAUCUGAAGAACCAGGUUUGAUUCCCCACUCCUCCACCUGAGUGGCGGAGGCUUAUCUGGCGAACCAGAUGUGU